AUGUAUUCGCCAUUAUCUUCAGUAAUUAGUACCACUUAUUCCCAAGAUAAAAGAAUAACUGAUUAUCUCAAAUCCGAAAAAACCAAAGCCCAAACUGACGCAAUCAAAUUGCAACUAAUCCGGCUAGAAUAUUACGAAAACCUAGAAAUAUCAAGACGGCACCCCAUUUUCAAAAUCCCAGCAAUCAAUAUAAUGAAAUUCACUUCUAAAAAAAUCAAAUUUGCAUUUCAACCUUCGCUGAUUUACGACAACAUAAGCAAAACAUAUUUAUUUCAUUGCUCGUUGCAUUAUGUGGAGAGAUUCCGAAAAUGGAAAAUUGGUAGGGAACCGAUGCCCGCUUUAGGUAUUUGCCGUAAAGUGACAAAUAACUACGAGUAUAUUAAAGAUAAUAUAAAUAAUCUGUAUUCGGUGGUUUGUAAGAUCUACGAGGAGCUCAAAAAAUGGUCAGAGGACGAAAUAAGAUUCAGGAAAAUGAGAUUCCAGAAUUAUAAAAGUGGGAAAUCAAGCUACUUGGACAUAGAUGAAGUUGAUGAGGAGCUUUAUUUUUCUCCGGAAGAAAUUGAAGCCUUACAUGAAAAAAGGGAGAGGAUUUGGCAAAGAAUGCUACCUCCACCGCCAGAACCACAACCAAGACGCAAUCCCGAAAGAAUUGCAAAAAAAUCUACAAAGUAUCAGAAUUAUAAAAGAGGGAAAUCAAGCUACGUGGAUACAGAUGAAGUUGAUUAGGAGUUUUUUUUUUCUCCUAAAGAACCAAGACGCAAUCUCAAAACAAUUGCAAAAAAAUCUACAAAGUAUUUCAUGCUCUAUACAUUAUUUAUUGUUAGUUAUUAAUAUUUGUAUGUUUAUUUUUCUAAUAUUUAAUAAUGUAUACUCUUGUUGUAUUAUUUAUUGUUAUUUGUAUAUGUUUAUUUUUUUAAUAUUAAUAUUAUAA